CCCCGGCCCCGGCCCCCGGACCAGCCCUUAUCUGAUCCCAGCUCCAGGUUUAAGAGUUCUGGCCCUGCCCGUCGCACAGCUCCGUUCCUUACUCCUGCCCGUCCCCUCCGUCCGUCGGCCCUGCUGCCCCGCUGCCCAUCUGAGGGGCCACUCUAUCCCAGACCUAAGAUGACAUCCGUUGCCAAGGUGUAUUACAGUCAGACCACUCAGACAGAAUGCCGGCCCCUAAUGGUCCCAGGAAUACGACGGCGGAGAGUCCUCACAAAGGAUGGUCGCAGCAAUGUAAGGAUGGAACACAUUGCUGACAAGCGCUUCCUCUACCUCAAAGACCUGUGGACAACCUUCAUUGACAUGCAGUGGCGCUACAAGCUUCUGCUCUUCUCUGCAACCUUUGCAGGCACCUGGUUCCUCUUUGGCGUGGUGUGGUAUCUGGUAGCUGUGGUCCAUGGAGACCUGCUGGAGCUGGGCCCCCCAGCCAACCAUACGCCAUGUGUGGUACAGGUGCACACACUCACUGGGGCUUUCCUCUUCUCCCUCGAAUCCCAGACCACUAUUGGCUAUGGGUUCCGUUACAUCAGUGAGGAGUGCCCACUGGCUAUUGUGCUUCUUAUUGCCCAGCUGGUGCUCACCACCAUUCUGGAGAUCUUCAUCACAGGAACCUUCCUGGCCAAGAUUGCCCGGCCCAAGAAGCGGGCUGAGACCAUCCGUUUCAGCCAGCAUGCAGUUGUAGCCACCCACAAUGGGAAGCCCUGCCUUAUGAUCCGAGUUGCCAAUAUGCGUAAGAGCCUCCUCAUAGGCUGCCAGGUGACAGGCAAACUGCUUCAGACCCACCAGACCAAGGAAGGUGAGAACAUCCGGCUCAACCAGGUCAAUGUGACUUUCCAAGUAGACACAGCCUCUGACAGCCCCUUCCUCAUUUUACCCCUUACCUUCUACCACGUGAUAGAUGAGACCAGUCCCUUGAAAGAUCUCCCCCUUCGCAGUGGUGAAGGUGACUUUGAGCUGGUGGUGAUUCUAAGUGGGACAGUGGAGUCCACUAGUGCCACCUGCCAGGUGCGCACUUCCUACCUGCCAGAAGAGAUCCUUUGGGGCUACGAGUUCACACCUGCCAUCUCACUGUCAGCCAGUGGCAAAUACAUAGCUGACUUCAGCCUUUUUGACGAGGUUGUGAAAGUGGCCCCUCCUAGUGGCCUCCGUGACAGCACCAUACGCUAUGGAGACCCAGAAAAGCUCAGGUUGGAGGAGUCAUUAAGGGAGCAAGCUGAGGAGGGCAGUGCCCUUAGUGUGCGCAUCAGUAACGUCUGAGGCUGGGUUCCCACCUCCCCAUCCCUCUGGUCUUUUUUUCUCUCUCUUCUGGCACCCUGGGUAAGGAAUACUACCCAGGUUUACUGGAGAGCCCCAGAAGCACCCGUCUGCCACUCCCCGUUCUUUAACCCAGUGGCCUGUGGGUAGUCUAGGCCAAUUGGGUUCAAGUUUUCCUCCCAUUGUCCUCCUUCGCCUCCCCCCUCCCUUCUACCCCAACACACACACCUCCAUUAAGCCAGGAUGGGGGAAGAAGAGGGAGGAUUAGGCUGAAGUGGCUUAGGAGGCCUCAGCCAUGCUUGGAGACUCACAUCAGGAGGACCAUGCAGUUGGAUGGAGAGAUUCCCCCUGGCUACCAUCAGAAAGUUUGUUGACUUGAGACUGGAGCCCCUCCCUUUCUACCUUCCCUCCUAGCAAAUUCCCUAAGGCAAGACUCUCACUGAUGGUUAUUUUGGGGUCUGUGCCCUGAGAAAUAUAAGAAUCUGGAAUCAAUUUAUCCUGGAGUCUCUACCAACCUCUGUUGAAAGAAGCCAGGGUUUUUCAUGGUGUAGUUAAUUUCCAUUUUAGCUUCUGACCAUAACCUGUGGCCUUGGUUGCCACUAUUUUCUCAAGUGGACUCUCUUAGAAUACCCUAUUCUCUCAUAGAUGACUUUGUUUCCACAGAAUUGGGGUUGAUCUGAGACACCAACCACCACUGAUACUCAACACAACCACCACUGAUGCUCGACUGAAAACUAGAUCCACAGGGCAGAUUUCCUAGGAAAGUUAAAUCAACCCACCAAGUGGGAUGCGGCGGCGUCACUAAAGGGAUGUGGGGUGUGCAGACCAUACCGGGUGACUGUCAGAGCGGGUGACACCAAAAUGACUGUCUAUAAAAAUUUCCCUGUAGUUACAGCAACAAAAACAUUUUCGUAAGCCCAGCUUACACGCAUCAACAUACCUACAAGGCUAAAACUCUAUGCUAAUUUACUUUUUGAACUUGCUAAUAUGCUCCAUCAGAGCUCUUAUUACCCAACUACAAUGAUGCUUCAGAUCAUGUGGUUUCGUCUGCACGCCCUACAAGCUCUUGCUGUUGUCUUCAUUGCUGCUAAUGUUUUUAUAGUGGCUGAUUUUGUCAAAAUGUCUGAUGUUUUAGCUACCUUAUUGUGGUAAUUAGUACUUGUGAACCUAUAUCAAAAACUUUUUUGAGAAUGAAGUAGUAAUUAAAGGAAAAGAAGGAGUACUAUACGGGAAUUACAAUUUACGAAUAACAUUAGUACUGAAAACAUUACUAAGGAUUCUGUAUGGUCUGGUAUGGGAGGAGGUCCGUGGGGGUAGGGGCGACACCAGCCCUAGUGACAUCACUGGUGGGAUGAGUUAUUUCUCAGGUUUCCAGCCUGCUGUACAAAGCCUCUGGGCAUCGGUGAUGCUUUGUUAAGGUUUGGGCAGAAGCAGAAAUCUGGCUGGCCGCCACUGAUCUCCCUGUUACCCUCCUGGUGGCCUCUGGAAAGUGCCAGUUAGUUCAUUAGGCAAUGCUGGGAGGGAAGGAAAUUUACCUCCUGAUCAAGUAACCAUGGUCCCCCCUAGCCACUUCUGAGAAGUGGUAUAAAAUGACGGAAAUCAGUCUUGUCUCUACUCUCCUUUGCCAGGAGGCAGUUACAGGGAGGUUAAAAAGCAUAUGUAAGCCUCUUAAGCCAUUCCUUGUUCCUUGGUGGGGACUCAUCCCCAUGGUCAGGGAAAGGCGUAUGGGCACUAGGACUUUCUCUAAAGGCCCAAAUCUCAAGAGUGCUUUCUGAUCUCAUUUAGGUACCAAGGAACCCCCACAAAAUGGUCUGGCACAUAGUCUCUGAAUGAAUCAAGUGGCAAUUUAUGUGAACUGGACUCAGCCAAUUAGGUUACAAGCUAUACACUUGAUAAAAUAUGCACAUGUAUCUGUGUACAGAGCCUUGCAGAGAAACCCAUACAAUUCUGAGGCUGGACCCAUGGUCACCACCUGCUACAACUGCACAAGGUCCUCUUAUAUGGAUCUCUCCUUGAACUCAACUAAUUGUCUUGAAAAUGAAGACCCUUCAGUCUCUACGUAUUUUAAGCCCCACUGUUACUCCCCAGCACUCAAGAAAACAAGAACCAGAAAAACUUGAAAAUCUGAAACAGACAACAAAGACAAAGAGGCAGUUUCUGGUCUCUCAACUUUAUUCUACACGAGACUUCCCUGAAUUCUUUAGAUUUGCUAGGGCAAAAAGUACUGCCGUGUGUGUGCGUAUGUGUGUAUCCAUCUCUUCAUGCCCAUUAACAAGUUUCUUCUGCAUACAGCUGCUUCCCUCUUGAAGGAAUUACUCUUGCCCUGUGCCCCUGCUGUCUAUUCUAAGUCCCCAGCCUCUUCUCAGCUUCUUGGAUAGCAAAGUGAGAAGACAACAUUUUCUAGCUUACCCUUUUUGAUCCUCCCCCACUAUCCGAGACUUCGCUCUAAGUUGCACUUUAAAACAUACUGUUCCUUUAAUGCAAUCUGACAUCUUCUCCCAUAAGACCCCUGGGGGACACCUUCCCCUUCCCUGCCCCUGUCCACCAACCCUAAAUGGCUCUUGAGACUACAGCCUCCAUCUCCCCUGAGCUAGAAGCCUCUUGGCUAUAGGACAAGCUUUAGAAGCAGCUAGGUCUGGUGAAAAAUGGGCCCCCUGACCACACCAACCAUAGACUUGGAAUGUCAGGAGAGCACCAGGCACAGGUAUUAAGAAGGGAGAGUUCAGAAGAAGAACAAAACGAGUGAGGGGUGAAGAUACCUGGGGUACAAAGAUAAGAAAGGAUGGAUCUAGUGAAAUCAGUAAAACCCUUGACCCUUGCUCAUCUACUUAGCAUUACUCAUAUUGGGCUAGCAAAUAAGAGGUAGGUGGAGGCUCAGGGAAUUAGAAUAUGAGAUACACAUGAAAGAUUAUCUAAGGAGAAAGAAAACAGAGAUAAUAUAUAGAGAGAUGUAUAUAGAUGUACAUAUGCCCAAAUAUCCUGAAUAUACAGAAAGGAAGUAUUCAGAAACCUUGCAUGGGGGGAGAUAGGCCCUGGUUGUGAGGUAAGACACUCCAGACGUUCAGACUUAAAACCAGUGAUCCCAACUUCAAUAUAGAGGUGAAAUACCUGGUGAAGGCUCUCAGGUGUGCAGACAGGAAAGGGAGGGGUGGAAGAUGCUCUUCAGAAAUACAGAGGUAUCUAUCGAGACUUCUGAUGAGCCCUGCACUGCUGAUAAAAAUCCAAAACCCAAAACCAUCGCCAUGAAGUCAAUUCUGACUCACAGCGACCCUACAGGACAGAGUAGAACUGCCUUACAGGGUUUCGAAGGCUGUAAAUCUUUGGGUAGCAGGCUGCCACAUUUUUCUCCCAAGGAGGGGUAGUGGGUUCAGAACUACCAACCUUUCAGUUAGCAGCCAAGCGCUUUAACCACUGUGCCACCAGGGUGCUACUGAUAGGACCAAGAAAGAGUGGGGGGUGAGGGGAAAUGGGCAGAAGACACUGCAGUCCCGGAGAUCUAGCAGAACCCACUACUUAUAUUGGAUGUCACUGUCCUCAAUGGUGUCCUGUUGUUGGAGCUUUUUUUUAAAAAAUAAAAGCACCCUCUGUCUCGCUCUCUUCUCUAAAUCUGAAGUGCACUGUAUUUCCCCUCAUUUCCACAGGGGUGGGGGCAGCUGUCCUGGAGGUAAAGACUGUGUAACUGAGGGCUGAACACCUUGUUGUGUGGAGUCAUUAAAGGGAAGCCUCAAUCCUAGAAUCUAAAUGCCAGGACUGAAGAGUUGUUGGCCCAAGGUGCUCCCCAGGCAGAGGCCCAGUCCCUCUCAAUGGCUGCAAGAGCCCAAAGAGAAUGCCAUCUAUGCCGGGAGUCUCAAUCCUGGCAUUUGGGCACGGGGGAGGGGGAUGAUGCUUCUCUGUGACAUGAGGAGUGGCUCUCAGCUGUCCCAGAGGAUGGUGCAGUUCCACAAGAGGCUUCUGACAUCCCUACUCUGUCCUUCACGGUGUUAUCUCCCCAGCUCCCGUCAGCUAGUAAGACCACCCCGGGAUUUCCCUAUGAGGCCUGAGCAGGAAAAGGAAGCUAGUUAUACUACUGCUACCAGCCAGGGAUACUGCCCCCGCUCCAAGGCUGCUACCCCGGUCCUUUACCCCUGCUAGCUAACCUUGUUUAUUUGUAAAAUAACACAUUACCUUU